AUGGAAGCUGAAAUCAGAACUCAAAUCCCUAACAUUGACCCCGUCCUGUCAGAGUACUCAGCGGGGUACCUUACCCAUGCCGCCAACCAGUUCACUUCCGACUCGGACCCCAAUGCCCCCUCACCGCUCGAGGAAGCUGCUGCCACUGUGAGCGCCCUGCUCCUAUCAGCCUCUGGAGAUCUAUCAAGCCAGAAUGAGACGAGUAUCCAAAACCUUGUUGACAAGUUCAUCUCCCGCCUGAAUGCCGCCAAUGGCACCGACGGCGAGCGCCGCCAGAUGGCACCUUCAGCCAAGAAACUCGACCAGGCUAUCCACGUGGGCUCUUCCAGGAACAUCUCCUCCACGCUAGGUCUCGCUGGUGGCGCCGUUGAUCUCGAGUCUGCCAACACACGUAAAGUCGAAUCCAGAGUCGACCGCAAGAAGCUCGAGAAAGCUGAACGUAAACUCCGUGCUAAGCAAGACCGUAAAGAGUUCAAGAAUGUUGAGUAUGAAGCCUCCCGACUUCUCAACGAGCCCAACGAGGCGCAGAGCUAUGAAGAGUUCUACAUGGCCGUCAACCCACUGCAAUUGGGUGACACUGCCUCGAAGAGCAAGGAUAUCAAGAUUGACAGCUUUGAUAUCUCUAUGCCUGGAUUACGUAUCCUUACCGACAGCUCUCUCACGCUCGCAUAUGGCCGUAGAUACGGUCUGGUAGGUCAAAACGGUAUCGGUAAAUCCACUUUGCUUCGCGCCCUUGCUCGCCGUGAGGUCGCUAUCCCUACUCACAUCUCGAUUCUUCAUGUGGAACAGGAGAUUACUGGUGAUGACACUCCGGCGCUGCAAGCUGUCUUGGACGCCGACGUUUGGCGCAAGCAUCUCCUUAGGGAGCAAGAAAAGAUUAGCAAGGAGCUAGCUGAGCUUGAAGAAGAGCGUGCUAAAAUGGCAGAUACUUCUGCAGAUGCCGCCAAGCUCGACACUCAGCGCGAGGGUCUAGAUACUACUUUGAGCGACAUACAUGCCAAGCUCGCCGAAAUGGAAUCAGACAAGGCUGAGUCUCGAGCAGCAAGUAUCCUCGCAGGUCUUGGUUUCUCACAAGAGCGACAGCAAUUCGCGACCAAGACGUUCUCUGGAGGAUGGAGGAUGCGUCUGGCACUUGCACGUGCGCUCUUCUGUGAACCUGAUCUGCUAUUGCUCGACGAACCGUCGAACAUGUUGGACGUCCCCUCUAUCACCUUCUUAGCGAACUACCUUCAGGGUUACCCAAGCACCGUACUUGUCGUAUCCCACGACCGAGCCUUCUUGAACGAAGUAGCAACCGAUAUCAUUCAUCAACACUCUGAACGACUCGACUACUACAAGGGUGGUAACUUUGACUCGUUCUACGCGACCAAGGAAGAGCGUCGCAAGACAGCGGUUCGCGAGUAUGAAAAACAGAUGGCCGAGCGUGCGCAUUUGCAGGCUUUCAUCGACAAGUUCCGAUAUAACGCCGCUAAGUCUUCUGAGGCCCAAUCUAGGAUCAAAAAGCUGGAGAAGAUGCCUGUUCUUACUCCCCCAGAGGCAGCAUACUCAGUGCACUUUAAGUUCCCAGAAGUGGAGAAGAUGUCGCCUCCUAUCAUUCAGAUGAGCGGCGUCACCUUUGGAUACAGCCCUGACAAGAUUCUGCUGAAGAAUGUGGACCUUGAUGUGCAACUCGACUCCCGUAUUGGUAUUGUGGGACCCAACGGUGCCGGAAAGACAACCGCAUUGAAGCUUCUUAUAGGAGCUCUUCAACCCACCACUGGUAUCAUCUCGCAAAACCCACGAUUGCGCGUAGGAUUCUUCGCGCAACAUCACGUUGACGCACUGGAUCUGAAUGACAGUGCCGUUGGCUUCAUGUCAAAGACGUACCACGGACGAGCAGAUGAAGAGUAUCGUCGUCACCUCGGUGCCUUUGGUAUUACGGGUAUGACAGGUCUGCAGAAGAUGGAGUUACUGUCAGGAGGUCAGAAAUCGCGCGUUGCCUUUGCGUGCCUCGCGUUACAAAACCCGCACAUCCUUGUGCUUGACGAGCCGUCUAACCACUUGGAUAUUGAAGCCAUGGACGCGCUUUCGGAUGCUCUGAACAAGUUCCAGGGUGGUGUACUGAUGGUCAGUCACGACGUUACCAUGUUGCAGAAUGUAUGCACAAGUUUGUGGGUGUGUGAUAACGGCACGAUUGAGCACUUUGACGGUACUGUCAAAGAUUACAAGCGCCGCAUCACAGCGCAAGCAAACGAUGCGGGAGUAAACUCCAGUACAGACGGCUUGUCCGUAGUCACUCAUUUGCAUCCGAAUCCCACCGAUCGCGACUCCUCUCGUCCGCCCUACGCCGUCACCGCGCCCGCCAGCAGCACCGCAGCAUUGACGACAGCCGGCGAAUCACCCUACCCACCUCCCUUCUCCUCCCUCUUCUUCCCGUCCGAGGACGCUGAGGAACGCAGCAAGCUCUGUGAAACCACAGAAGACGAAUCGCCUCCCGCAUUCACAUCUACGCCUGCCUUUACCGAGUCAUCCUCGUCUGCUGCCGCCGUAGCUGCCACUAAAGCCGCCCUCCCAUCCGACUCCAAAGACGGCUCUAGUAGCAAAGACGUCGACGACGGAGAACCACCGCCGCCCUACAGCGAAGGAUCAAGCCCGCUCGAGUCUUUCACAUACGUAAUGGCAUCCGCAGGAGGUCCCGCGAGUAUCAUUACUCAGGUGUCGCAAACAACAAACGCAGGACCGCCAAUCAACACACUCGGUGGAUCAGAUGAAAACAUUACUUUGGAAUUGAGGGGCACGCGGUUCACUCUGUCGCGAGACGAGCUUCUGACUCUCCCUGAGUUCGUCCUCCUCUCCCUCUUUCCCAAUGGCCUGCUCCCAGAUGGGCACAUGAACUCCUACCACGAUGGAGAUGUAUACCCAGUCGACGUUGGUAACCCCACUUCUUCUUCUUCCCCUUCCAUUCCCUUGGCUCCAGCAGCUAAGAUCCUGUACCACCUUUCCAACCCCGCAUUAUAUUUAUCUGACAAUAUCUAUCCUUCACAGUAUGAUCCAAACUCUUUACAGUACAUGUUGGAGUUCUUCCGCACUGUAGCCCAGACCAUUCCCGCGUCUCCUCCUUCGCCGACCGCUGCUCCCGACCAUGCUGCUGAAGCUGUGCCUAUCGAGCCUAUGCAUGGCUCCGCUAGGGACAUGCUACAGGAUCGCGCUGGUAUAAUUGUCCUUCGCGAGGACCUCGACUUCUACGCUAUCCCGCCGCACCGCGAUAUAACUCAGCCUGAGAUGAUUGAAGUUAAGCGAGCUGCAGGUGAGGCACUGCUAAGACAAGAUGGUAUCUUCUCCGGCCUCAGGAAGAGCGAAGAACCAGGAACGACCGAGCAGCACCUCAUCGAGAUGUUGACCGCAGGCGGCUUCAACCACGACGACCGAUGGGGCCAUCGUGCCGGCGAGCCUAACAAAGCCGUCAUUUGCAGCAUCGCCCUUGCACGCCUGAGAACGGACAUUAAGGGUAACGAUCUUGCUAAUAGCAACGCUGUUGGUAUGGCGCAGAAGCUGCUCCUCUUCUGGAGGAAACCCGCUCGCCGCUGCUGGUGGGAAGGUGUUGAGCUCGACAACGUUAGAGGUGUCGAAGGCAAGCUCAAGGUGUGGAUAAGGAGAGUCUGGACGCUCGAAAUGAGCGUUAUCGGCCUUCGCUAA